GUGUUUGUUGAUGUUCUGCGUUGGUCUCGGUCUCCUCACUUUGAAAUAAGUUUUCUUCAGAUUUCCCAAAAAUCUAGUCCCUUAAAUUAAAAAGAAAAUCAAUUUAUUUGAAAUGGGAAACAAGUCAACACACAACGCCGGCGAUGAAGCGGCAUUGGACUCGAGGGUGAUCAAAAUUUCCGAGUCUGUCGCCCACAGACUGUUGGUACCAAGAGAACCUCAAAUUCGAACUAUUGUCAUCGAAUCUUCAGCGUCUGAGAGCGCCUCUUCUACUGCUCCUCCGAAGCCUUUCCGAAGAGACCCCAGUGUCAUUGGAGAGGACGUGUACAAUGAAUUUGAAAAGCAAGACCGAAUCAAUGAACUGCAAAUGGAGAGCCUGAGCAAAAAGCUUAAGGACGCAGCCAAAGCCUUUGACCAGCAGCCCAUUGCCUCCGUGGCUGCUGCGAGCAAGUCAUCGAGUGAGCUGGACAAUGUCAGCAACUGUCUGCGUGGAAGCAACGGCGCCUCCCUUAAUUGCCAAGCCGAAGUGGUCGAAUUCGUCAGCUUUGUGGAAAAUAACACUUACCCUGUGGCGGCCAAUUGAAUAGCAGAUCGUCUCCAAAAAAAUUGAGAUAGCAGUAAAAAUUCAGGUGAUAUUAUUUAAAAAUUAACUGGAAGUGUAAGGUGUAAAUAAAUAUUGACAGUUUGUUGCAAA